UGUGUCCUGCUUUCCUUAGGGAUGUUACCUCAGGAAGGCUCCCUUGGGUUUGUGUUUCCUUAGGCAGCCAUGCCACAGGCCUGGAUGGUCCAACUGGUGGCCCGUGAGAUGAUUCUGUUGGUAUUUACCUUUGCUUGGGGAAGAACUGCCACCAAAUUCACACAGAAGCAGGGAGGCAGCUGGAGACAUGCCUCCUUCUGCACGUGGGUCUGUUGUUAAAACUCUGAAUUGCAAUUUCUUUGGCCUGUAAAAUGAUCCCAAAACAGGUGUCUGGGACUUGUGUAUCUGAAAAAUGUUAGACUUCCCUGAGGCAUUCCCCACCCCCUCCUCCCCCCGCAAGUUUGGUAUCUCUUCUUAUGAAGGACAGAGUAAAUCUAGAGAUAACCGAGACUGAGCCCAUUAAAAAUGCAGCACAUCAAUGGGGGUAUGAAACUUGACUCCUAGAUGUGUGUAGGAGCGUUAAAGCUAUAUUCUAAUUGGGCUGACAAUUCUUUUAUGCAGUCUGAAGGAGCAGAAAUCUGUUGCUUUGGGUCAUUAUUGUCAUUCAUCGUAAAAGAUGAGCAGGUUCUGGAUGCAGGACUUCAGCAGUGCCUUUGACAAUUUAUGUUGCAAACUCUUGGAGGACUGUCAUGGGUAUCUGAUGGCCAUGAGCAACAGUCAGUCAUGAACAAAGUUUUUCAGGAUGGUUAGCUUCUUAUUGACCCUGAAAUUAAGAAGUCAGUGCCUUAUUUGCAGCAAAUCUGUGACAGAGCUGACCAUUGUCCACAGAAACAGUCCAUAUUGUCAGCUGAGGCCCUCAAAAGGGAGGCUGAAUUUGUGCCUGGCAAGUAUCGGGCAUAUUGUCGCAAGUAUAAUGCUGCACGUGUGUACGUGCUGGAGCCUUCUAGUUCAUACCUUACUUUUUAAGGCAUGUAUUGUUCCUAAAGCUACUACCCCUAGCUGAGGCUGCUACCUCCCAGGCUAGCCCACCACCACCACUGCUUGUAAAAGGUGAUGGCUAGAGAGAGGGGAAAGAGACGACCGAGCCAUCCCUGUGACUGCAGCUGAUUGUCUCUCCCGAGGUAUUAAUAAGCUGCAUACCGGCGGGCAGGGGUGGGCAGUUGGCUCGCCGUGACCUUGGGAGCCGGGGAGCCUGACUAGCAUUCCUGGGAGCCACGUGAGCCGAGGACUGGCAGGCGCAGCUGUAGCCAAUGCGGAGGAGACCAGCAUGGGCUGCUCAGAUUGAGUUUCACUCCUGUCGCCCGAGAUUUUUCUCUUUCUCUCCCUGUUGUGCUUUUCCUUUUUGUUUAUGGGGUUGGAUGGGCGAAUGCACUGAUGGAGUCCUAGCGAGCAAGACGUUUGCCUAGGGGAUUUGGGAUUCUACCUUCAGUGCUGAGCAACCACUUCUUGCCAUUGCCUACCACAGCUCCAGCCCCCUGACAUGGCUGGGCUUUUAUGGCUCCAAGCCUUCUGAGCACACAACCUGCCCUCCUCUAUUAGGGCAUUUUAUGUUGUGUUCUCUUCUGUGCAAUUCCUUUUUGCUGUCCUUAGAGGUUAGUGUAUGAGGCUUUUUAAUGCAUGGGAGAUGGGUCAGGACCAGACAAAGCAACAAAUAGAGAAAGGACUCCAUCUUUACCAGUCUAAUCAGACCGAAAAGGCCCUGCGAGUCUGGAUGAGGGUUUUGGAGAAGUCUGCGGAUCCUGCUGGCAGGUUUCGGGUUUUGGGUUGCCUCAUCACUGCUCACGCAGAGAUGGGCAGAUACAAAGAUAUGCUGAAGUUUGCAGUGGUACAGAUUGACACAGCACGGGAGCUGGAAGACCCGGAUUUCCUUACAGAGAGCUACCUAAACCUGGCUCGCAGCAAUGAGAAACUCUGUGAAUUCCAGAAAACAAUCUCUUACUGUAAGACAUGCCUGAACAUGCAGGGUACCACAGUGAGCCUGCAGCUGAAUGGCCAGGUGAGCCUCAGCAUGGGCAAUGCCUUCUUGGGCCUCAGCAUUUUCCAGAAGGCUUUGGAGUGCUUUGAGAAAGCUUUACGCUAUGCACACAACAACGAUGACAAGAUGCUGGAGUGUCGAGUCUGCUGCAGCCUCGGGAACUUCUACGCCCAGAUAAAGGACUACGAGAAAGCCUUGUUCUUCCCUUGUAAAGCAGCUGAGCUGGUGAAUGAUUAUGGAAAGGGCUGGAGCUUGAAGUACCGUGCAAUGAGCCAGUAUCACAUGGCAGUGGCCUAUCGGAAGCUGGGGCGCUUGGCAGAUGCUAUGGACUGCUGUGAGGAGUCCAUGAAGAUUGCCCUGCAGCAUGGUGACCGGCCUCUGCAAGCGCUGUGUCUGCUGUGCUUUGCAGAUAUCCAUCGCAGUCGCAAAGACUUGCAGACAGCCUUUCCUCGGUAUGAUUCCUCCAUGAGCAUCAUGACAGAGAUUGGAAACCGCCUGGGCCUGAUCCAGGUGCUGCUAGGAGUGACUAAGUGCUGGAUGAUCCAGAAGGAGCUGGACAAGGCUCUGGAAAGCAUUGAAAAGGCACAGGAGCUGGCAGAGGGACUAGGGAACAAGCUUGGCCUGCUGAAGCUCCACUGCCUUUGUGAAAGGAUCUAUCGCACGAAGGGGCAGCAGCAAGAACUGCGUGACCAUGUAGUGAAGUUCCAUGAAUGCGUGGAGGAGAUGGAGCUGUACUGUGGCAUGUGUGGAGAGUCCAUUGGGGAGAAGAACAACCAGCUCCAGGCGUUGCCUUGCUCCCACUUCUUCCACUUAAAGUGCCUCCAGACCAACGGGACCCGGGGCUGCCCCAACUGCCGCCGCUUGUCGGUGAAGCCCGGCUACGUCUGACCCGCCCGUGGGGCUCGGCC